AGCGUUUUCACCGGGGAGGGAUGAUUUCACAAGCUUGCCAUCGGUCUAUUAACAGUUGUUGUAUAAAGCUAUUUUUACAUCUGCAGUUGCCACAAAGUGCUAUUUAUCCACAGAUACCAAGCUUGAAUCGCAAGGAGCAAGCAACACAGAUGUGGAAAGCGCCGUGUCUAUGAAAACUCCCUACCUUACACUACCCCAUUUUUAGUCAUCCAUUGACCCUCCUCCCCUUGAACCAGGAAACUGUCGUGGUGUGCCGCCAGGCCGCCGUCUAUUUUGCCCAUUCGUGAAUAGCCCGAUUGGGGUGACUAGACUGAUACAUGCGUGUAUCAUCAACAUUUUACCAUCAUUAUAUCUUAUGUCUUCGAUUUUUCUACACCGGCUUUUUACCCGAAACCAAUUAUUAAGCUUGGGAGAGAAGAUUUACAGUCUCGCCAAACAAUGAGUGAGUCCAGUAUCUGCCAGGCCCGGGCCACAGUCAUGCUAUACGAUGAUGCCAACAAGCGCUGGGUGCCGGCCGGCGUUGGGGGUCAAGCCUUCAGCAGGGUCCAGAUCUACCACAACCCGGUGGCCAACACCUUCCGAGUGGUGGGACGGAAGAUGCAGGCCGACCAGCAGGUGGUGAUCAACUGUCCAAUCGUCAAGGGGCUGAAGUACAACCAGGCCACGCCCAACUUCCACCAGUGGCGGGACUCCCGGCAGGUGUGGGGUCUGAACUUCGGCAGCAAGGAGGAUGCUGCCCUCUUUGCCAAUGGCAUGAUGCAUGCCCUGGAGGUUCUGAGUGCGGUCGCCGACUCUGGCUACUCCUCUCUCCCCCGCCCACCUCAGAAUGGACCCUCCCCAGAAGAGCUGGAGCAGCAGAGAAGACUGGAGAUGCAGAGGCACGAGCAGCAGGAGCGGGAGCGCCAGGAGCGGGAGAGACAGGCGGCUGCUGUCCCAGCUGCCGCCCCGCCUGCCCCGCCCUCAGCCCCUGGCGGCCCUCCGCCUCCCCCAGGCCCACCUCCACCCCCAGGACCAGCACCCGCCGGCCCCCCGCCCCCACCAGGCCCACCGCCGCCCCCCGGGUCUGGGGCUCCACCUGCCCCACCCCUGCCUAGUGGAGGGGGAGGAGGCGAUGGUGGGGGUCUAGCUGCUGCUCUGGCUGGAGCCAAGCUACGCAAAGCGGCCAAGGAGGAGAGUGGUGCGGCGGCACCUCCUCCAUCGGGGGGAGGAGGUGGUGGUGGUGGUGGUGGAGGAGGAGGUGGAAAUCUGAUGGGGGAGAUGAGUGCCAUCUUGGCCCGACGGAAGAAAAUGGCAGACAAUCCAGGUGCAAAGAAGGAGGAGCCCAACAACGAAGACUCCUCAAAGUCCUCAGGCCAAGCUGACUCUACCAGGAGGCCAUGGGAGAAAUCAGCCACAAUGCCAAGGACUAACUCCAACAAGACCCAGUUGCAAGAGAGCAGCCCCACCACCACCUCCCCUGCCCUUCCUCCGGCCCCCCCUUCUCCACCCUCUGCCCGGGUGUCCAGAGUGAAAGCGGUGAACAGCACCAUAGACAGCACCGGGAAUGAAGAGACAACAGAGAUGGAGAGAAUCAAACAAGACAUUCUCGAGGAAGUGAGAAAGGAGCUCCAUAAAGUGAAAGAUGAAAUUAUCGGAGCAUUCAUCCAGGAGCUGCAGAGAAGAGGCCCGGUUUAGUGUUUUUCUCCAUACUGGCAUCUGGCAGAAGAUGGGAGAUAUGAGCAUAUGGAGUGUUGGAUGGCCCGUAUCUUUCCUGCCCUGUCUCAAUUUUUCAAUCUUAUCGAUUCCAUUCAGUACAUACAUGUGUACACACACACACACACACACACACACACUCUCUGUACAUUUAGCACACACUUUAAUGUGUGCUAUAUGCCAUUAUUCUUCUUGUUUGUCUUUCUCAUGGUUCCUAGAGCUCUGUUUUAUCCCCAUCCUGCCCUGGCAUCCAUGACUACGUCACUCUCUCCCCACUGUGCAAGUCACCUCCCACAUCUUACCAAUGUCUGGCCUUACGCUUCACUUAUUCAGAGAAUUCAGGGAAUACCAUUUCAAACACAACUCAUUUCAAACGGUUUAGUACAUUUCAAAGCGUCACGCCAACUGUGGAGAAACGUUUGCUGCGGCUGAAGACUGUUUUUUUUGUAUAUUUUUGUAACAAGCUGUAGUUGUUAGCCACAGUGAGGCGCUGUGAAUCAGGAAGAUCAGAUCUGAGGACUCUUCUUUUUAUGUGGUCUCUGUGCUACCCAGGAGCAACCAGGGCAUAGGGAACUCCAAAUCCCAGCUCACAACAAUAAGGGAGAUAUCCUAGUUAAAUAUCUGUCCAUCCCUAACAGAAGUAGGGUGAUGUUGCCCCAGGAUGUACCCUAACGUAGCAGGGAGACGCCUGAGCAGUUCCAACAUCCAGUUUUCAGAAGGAAACAAGCUAGGUUGAUGAUGCCCACAGUCCUCUAAAACCAGAUGUUUCCUUUUUCUGGGGACUCUGCAGAGGGUGCAGUGAUACUGAUUUGUUUUACACCUUUACCACAAAGGAUAUAGGUCAGGAUUGGAGAGAGAAAGCUUGUCCUAGAUUUGUACCUGUUCUUAUACCGUAUAAGCAAUCAGGGUUGCCAUACCCCCUCAGCUCUUGCUACACCUCAUAUCUGAUUUAUUUUACCUCAGGGAUUCGCAGAAGCAUAUCAAAUAGUACACUGUGGCUUAUAUCUACUAAGCAUCUUAGAUUAGGAAAGCUAGUAUCAAUUCAGCCUUUUAAAAUAAUAGUGAAUUAUAUGGAAAGCUCCAUACUCCUGAGAUGAUUUGUGGAUAUGAGCCCAGGUGUUUUUCCAGUCAACAUGCCCACUUUUCCUUAGCAUGGAACCCGGCAGGCCGCCUAUGGAUAAGAAAGGGGCCCAUUUUGAAAUGAUCCCCUCUGCCCUACAACCUCUGCGUUCUUAAUUCACUGAUGAAGAUGUGAUGGAAUUGUAUUGGUGGAAGCAAUAUGAAAAAUACCAUUGCGGUCAUAGCCCAGUUGUAGCCAUUACCAUGUUAAUCAUGUCCUAUUUGAUGAAUUGUUUUAAAUGAGUCGGUGCCCCAGGUGGGUGGAGUUUGCACAUUUUAGAACAUUCCACUGUUUCAAUGUAGUACAAUGCCUGAAGUAAGAAACCAUUGUUUAAGUCAAAGUGGUAUACUCAGGCUUGAAUGGGGAAAUCCAAAUGUGUUUCUUUGAGAGUGCUUUUUGUUUCUCCUAUAAAAUGACAUACAAAUAGCCUUUGGAAUAUGUUUAGUUUCAGGGCAAUGUUUUAUUUAAAUUGUUUAUUCAUCAGAAACAUCUGCAGCAUUUUCCUCUUCACAAGUCACGACUGACUGCCAAACCACUGGUCCUUACCUAGGCUAUCAAUAUUACCGGAACCUAUUUUAUAUUUGAGAUCCAAUUAAGAUAAUCCAUUACACCUAGACAUUUUGCCUGUUUGACUGAAAUGGUUCUCACAUAACUUUUCAUUAGCUAGUUUAUUGUAGCUGCUAGCUAGGCACCUUGACCUCUGUUUUGUCGUUCACAGUUCAUUAAUAUGUAUGAGCUGCCUGCGUCAGUCUCAGCGGUAGAACCAUGAAUUUCCUCUAAUAGGAAAGGAAUAACUUCAAAAUACGGGUAAAUCUCUUCACACCUGGGGCACCCAACAGAUCCAACUGUAGCAAUUGUACAGUAUGGUACUACAAGACAAAUACAAAUAAACCAUACUUUUUUUCUUUUUAAACCAUGGUUGAAAACAAUCGGUCUGAAAUGAUUAACAACUAGCUUUUCUCAUACAUCAACAUGGUAAAAUGUGCCACAAUGUUAAGAGGUUGGCCAGCUGAAGCAGAUAAUUACAUCUAAGAACAAAAAAUCCUUAUCUGCCCAUAAGUCAUUUAUGUAGUUCCAACACUUUCUCACUAAAGCAUCCUUUAUCCUGACUAUAUAAGCUGUGUCUGGAUAGCUAUGUCAGGGUAAUUGGCUCACACUGUAAAAUGCCUAGAUCCUGAAGUGUGUUCACCACUUGGGGGCAUGUGUUUGAAUGUUAAUUUUAACUUUGCCAUGUGGACUGACAAAUGCAGUCAUCAUUAAGAUUGUUGUCAUAAGCCUGUUCUUUGAUAAGGAGAAUAGGGUUAUGUCCCUAAUAAACAGGGCCUAGUCUACUAUGGGCACAGUCACCAGAUGGAGCCCUUGCUACAAUCAAUUAAUGCAUAUGGGACUUGAACAAGCAGUUGGAUGGUUUACUAUCUCUAAUGUUCCAGUUUGCCUGUAGAAUAAAGGUGAUUUAAUCAGGGGCAAAUUAAGUUGUAUACUGUUUAAAGUGGGUUGAUUUACUUGACUGUUUGCUCUGCCCCGACAUCAUGGCUCUCUGUCCUUGAUUGGCCGGUUGAGGAAAGCUAGCAGCUAGCCAUUUCAGACCAAUUGAUUAGGUGAAUGUUAAAGAAUUGCCCCAAAAUGUCCCUCACAGAAAAUGUAAUUGACAGCCAAGGAACCAAAAAGUGGUUCUGAAUAGAACUCAUGGUGGUGCCCUCAGAAAUGUUCAAUAGCCAUCCAGGAGGGGCAAUGAAAGAGCCAAUCAUUAAUGCCUAAUUAGGAUUGCCCUCCAAAAAAAUGCCCUCCCUUAUGCCGCUAAAGUAUUGUGCUGGCUAAUGAGAUGACAAAACAGCCCUGGUGUAAAACAUUGACUAACGCAGCGAUUCCAGGCAGUGUACCGAAGGUGCUAACAUUCCUUUAAAAUAUACACAGAAAAACCAAAGCCUAACGCCAUCCUAUCCAUUCAGAUCUUCCCAAGGUUGAUUUGGGUUGGUGAGAGUUUGUCAGACACAGAAUCAGAAUGAUAUCAGUGGAUAUCAUCCUUUAAACAAAAUGAACAAUUGCUUUCAAUUGAUUUCACGUGUAGCUAUUUAAGAAUGAAGAAUGCAUUUAUAAGCACUCCAAUGUCUGUGACAUUUUGUAGCUCCCCACCGUGCAGCACUUCUAGAUAGCUGCGGACCAUAUCCAUUUCCCAAUGACAUGAAGAACCAUGCCUGUUUGGAAAUACAUUUUCUACGCUCCUAACACUGCCUACUCCUCUAGUCGCCACAAACAAAAGCGCAGCGAAGGGGAGGGUUGGGUUGUGGACUGUACCUGGUAUGAUUCCGCUGCAGUGCAGGUAACUGCUACAUAUCACUGUGCAGUCCAGGGACUCCUACUUGACUGUAUGAUCUUCUAAAGACACUUAAUACCUAUUACAUUAGCUGCCUCUGUGGCCUCCAACAGAAAUGCCAAUCUUUGCUAAUGCACCUCUGCCUUGUAUCCUAAUCACUCAUACAAUCAUAGAUUUGUUUUUAAGCAAAAGAAAUAAUGCUACUUAAAAAAAGAAAAAUAUGCAUAUGUUUUUUCUAUUUCCAUUGGAAAUAAUGUGGUAAUUGAAGGUAUGUUUGAUUUAUUUUUUUGAUAAAUUAUAAUUGUUAUUUUGGAUUUAUUGAAGGUGAUUUUUCUAUUAGAAGGAUUUUUACACUGAAAUGUUGUGUGACAGAAAACGCCGUAAACCCUCUGGAUUGGAGAUGCCUUUCUGGUAAAAUACAGCUGCUUCUUCUAUCCAA